AUGGUUAUCGCGCGGAGUCUCAAGGACGCAGCGCGGCUAGGGAGCGCGACGACCUCUCUGUUGCUGAGGAGGAGCGAGGACCUGGUAUGCCAGAACCUCAUGUGCGCCAAGAUAGGCGAGGCUUGCGUCUGUCGGCUGGCCGUCCACUUGUCCCGGCUGGGGAAGCUGAAGGAGCUCGACGUUGCUGAGAACGACCUCGGCGUCCUGCCCGAACCAGUGUUCGAGUUGCCGGCCUUGGAGCAUCUGGACGUCAGUGGGAACGGUCUCAAAGACCUGCCGGCGGGCGUAGCCGCUCUCUCCAGCCUUCGUACUCUCCGGCUGUCGGACAACGCCCUCACGGCCCUGCCGAAAGAGCUGGCCUUGCUCCCGUUGCUGACAGAGGUGCACGUAGACGGCAACAGCGGGCUAGGCAGCAGCGACAGAGUGGUCGAGGCGUUGCAGCACAGACCACAGACGACCGUCGUUUUCGGCGACGCAGGAGAUUACUCUCGAAGACGUCAAGAGGACGCUUCGACCUCCUCGGCGGAUAGAUAG